GGCGGAUUUUACAUCAAUUCUGGAACACUGCAGUUCAGACAAGCUUCGGGUUCUGAGGAUGAAUUUGUCAAAGAGAAGAAAAAGAAAUCCCCAAAGAAAAUGAAGGAGAGGGGAGACAAAAUUAAGAAGAAAAAGAGAGAAGAUGAGAAAAAGGGAAAGAAAAACAAACACCCAAAACCAGGUUUCACAGCUCUAAAUGGAGCCAAGGACAAAAAGAAGAAAAAAUCAACCGUUGAUGUAAAAGAGAUGCUGGCCAGGUUCGAGCGGGAGAAGGAAGCAGCAAAAAACAAACCCAUGGCUGCUACCAUCAGCAUGGCGCCAAAGCCUUCCUCCCUGUCCUCU